AUGGCGGACAACAGCAGCUCUGAGGGUGCUGCCCCGCGCAACACCCUGGGCAAAGAGACUGCCGCCGGCGGCUACGACGAGAAAAAGCAGCACGAAGAGAAGCCAAAGGACCUGCCCGCCUCCAAGCCCGGCGGCAACUAUGACGACGACGAUGAUGAGGAAGAAGACAUGGACGCGCUCAUCGCAGAGCUCGAGUCCCAAGACGCCAACAUCGACCCCGAGGAAGAGGAGACCCAGCCCGGCGGUGCACGACCCGUUCCCGAAGAGCUCUUGCAGACCAGCACUGUCUCCGGUCUCUCCAACGAAGAAGUCCUCUCCCGCAGGAAGAAGUACGGUCUGAACCAGAUGAGCGAGGAAAAAGAGAAUCUCAUUCUGAAGUUCCUCAUGUACUUCGUCGGCCCCAUUCAGUUCGCCGCCGCCAUCCUCGCUGCUGGUCUCCAGGAUUGGGUUGAUUUCGGUGUCAUCUGCGCCCUGCUUUUGCUGAACGCCACUGUCGGUUUUGUUCAGGAAUUCCAGGCUGGUUCCAUUGUCGACGAGCUCAAGAAGACGCUCGCUCUCAAAGCAACUGUUCUCCGCAACGGUGCCCUCACCGAAAUCGAGGCGCCCGAGGUUGUGCCCGGUGACAUCCUCCAGAUCGAAGAGGGCACCAUCAUCCCCGCCGACGGCCGUGUGGUCACCGAAGAUGCCUUCCUCCAAGUCGACCAGUCUGCCAUUACUGGCGAGUCUCUUGCUGUCGACAAGCACAAGGGUGACACUUGCUUCGCUUCUUCUGCUAUCAAGCGCGGUGAAGCCUUCAUGGUCGUCACAGCUACCGGUGACAGCACCUUCGUCGGUCGCGCUGCGUCUUUGGUCGCCUCCGCUCAGGCCGGAACUGGCCAUUUCACCGAGGUCCUGAAUGGUAUUGGUGUCGUCCUUCUGGUUCUUGUCAUCUUCACCCUCCUUGUAGUCUGGGUAUCUUCCUUUUACCGAUCAAACCCUAUCGUCACCAUUUUGGAGUUUACGCUUGCCAUUACCAUCAUUGGUGUCCCCGUUGGUCUUCCGGCUGUCGUUACCACAACCAUGGCCGUCGGUGCUGCGUACCUUGCCAAGAAACAAGCCAUUGUCCAAAAGCUUUCGGCCAUUGAGUCGCUGGCCGGUGUCGAGAUUCUCUGCUCCGACAAGACCGGCACUUUGACCAAGAACAAGCUCUCGCUGGCCGAGCCGUUUACUGUCGCUGGCGUUGAACCCGAGGACCUCAUGCUCACAGCCUGCUUGGCUGCAUCCCGCAAGAAGAAGGGUAUUGAUGCCAUCGACAAAGCCUUCUUGAAAUCCCUGAAGUACUAUCCUCGUGCUAAGAACGUCCUGUCCAAGUACAAGGUGCUGGAAUUCCAUCCCUUCGACCCUGUCUCUAAAAAGGUGCAAGCCGUUGUCGAAUCACCUCAGGGAGAGCGCAUCGUCUGCGUCAAAGGCGCUCCACUCUUCGUCCUGAAGACCGUCGAGGAAGAUCACGCCAUCCCGGAAGCCAUUGACGAAGCCUACAAGAACAAGGUCGCCGAGUUCGCCACCCGUGGUUUCCGCUCUCUCGGUGUCGCUCGGAAGCGUGGUGACAGCUCGUGGGAGAUUCUGGGCAUCAUGCCCUGUUCCGAUCCGCCUCGUCACGACACGGCUCGCACCAUCAACGAAGCCAAGACGCUUGGUCUUUCCAUCAAGAUGCUGACUGGCGAUGCUGUCGGUAUUGCCCGUGAAACGUCCCGCCAGCUUGGUCUCGGAACCAACGUGUACAACGCCGAGCGUCUUGGUCUCGGCGGUGGCGGUGAGAUGCCUGGUUCCGACAUCUACGAUUUCGUCGAGGCUGCAGACGGUUUCGCCGAGGUCUUCCCCCAGCACAAGUACAACGUCGUCGAGAUCCUGCAACAGCGUGGCUACCUGGUGGCCAUGACGGGUGAUGGUGUGAACGACGCUCCCUCGUUGAAGAAGGCUGAUACCGGUAUCGCCGUCGAGGGUGCUUCGGAUGCUGCUCGUUCUGCUGCCGAUAUCGUCUUCCUUGCGCCUGGUUUGUCCGCCAUUAUUGAUGCCUUGAAGACAUCCCGCCAGAUCUUCCACCGCAUGUACGCGUACGUUGUGUACCGUAUUGCUCUGUCCCUCCACUUGGAAAUUUUCCUGGGUCUCUGGAUCGCCAUCCUAAACACCUCUCUCAACCUUGAGCUUGUCGUCUUCAUCGCCAUUUUCGCCGAUAUUGCUACGCUCGCUAUCGCCUACGACAACGCGCCUUUCUCCAAGACGCCUGUCAAGUGGAAUCUGCCCAAGCUUUGGGGUAUGUCGGUUCUGCUUGGCGUGGUCUUGGCUAUUGGAACUUGGAUUGCUCUCACUACCAUGUUCCCCUACCAGGAUCUUCCCAACGCAGCCGGUCAGGGUAUUUCCGGCGGUAUCGUCCAGAACUUUGGUGUGCGUGAUGAAGUCCUCUUCCUGCAGAUUUCGCUCACGGAGAACUGGCUCAUCUUCAUCACGCGUGCCAACGGACCUUUCUGGAGCUCGAUUCCGUCAUGGCAGCUCACCGGAGCCAUCCUGGUUGUUGAUAUUAUCGCGACCUUCUUUUGCUUGUUCGGUUGGUUCAUUGGCGGCCAGACGUCGAUCGUGGCUGUCGUUCGUAUCUGGAUCUACUCGUUUGGUGUCUUCUGCGUCAUGGGCGGCGUCUACUACCUGCUGCAGGACAGUGUUGGUUUCGAUAACCUCAUGCACGGAAAGUCGCCCAAGAAAGACCAGAAGCAGAGAUCGCUCGAAGAUUUCGUUGUUUCCCUCCAGCGUGUGUCCACGCAGCACGAGAAGAGCGCCUAA